AUGCACCAUAAGAUCUUAGCUGCCUUAACAUAUACCUUCUACACGAUCCCGGCAAUUUCAUGUCAAACGUUACCCUCAUCGUUACAAGACACAUUCGACUUCAUAAUCGUCGGCGGCGGAACAGCCGGGCUAGCAGUCGCAAACAGGCUAUCCGAGAUCGCAGAGCUUACCAUCGCCGUAAUUGAAGCAGGACAAGAUGAAGGGGAUAACCCCAACGUUACCAGCGUCAAAACCUUUGGCGCUAGUCCGGGCCUGAACUCGCAUAUCGAUUGGGUGUACCAGACGACGCCGGAGGGGAAUGCGGACAAUAGGCAGAUGGAGUACCAUGCCGGACGGGCGUGGGGCGGAACGAGUGUAAUAAAUGGAAUGACAUACAUCCGCGCCGAAGCCUCCCAAAUCGACGCAUGGGAAACAGCCGGCAAUGAGAACUGGACGUGGGCGUCCCUCUGGCCCUACCACCUCAAAUCCGAGUCCUUCUCACCACCAACUCCAGCCCAAACUGCCGCGGGAGCAUCGUUUAUAGACAGCUACCAUGGCGACUCCGGUCCUGUGCAGGUAUCCUACCAGUACGGUCUGCAGAACGGCUCGUUUGCGUCGCGGGUCAAGCAGACAUGGCAAAAUUUGGAUGUACCUUUCAACCCCGAUGUCAAUGGUGGGGUUCUCAGGGGCUUCUUCGUCUGGCCGCAGACGUUGAUCCGUGAGGAGAAUGUCAGGUGUGAUGCUGCGAGAGCUUAUUAUUAUCCCGUUCGGGAGAGGGGAAAUCUGGCUAUGCUGCAGGGGAAGGUGAGGAGGAUAUUGUGGGCGGAUGAUGACAAUGAUAUGAAUGAGAAAGGGGCGAGUCUGACCAGGGCACAGGGAGUGGAAUAUACAGCGUCAAAUGGCGACAUCGCAACUCUCUAUGCGAAGAGAGAAGUCAUCCUCUCAGCUGGAUCUAUCAGAUCACCCGCGAUUCUGGAACUUUCUGGUGUUGGAAAUCCGGAGAUCCUAGAGCCCCUCAACAUAACCACAAAGAUCCCCCUCCCAGCCGUCGGAGAAAACGCCAUCGACCAGCCGAACAACUUCAUAGCGUACGCUUCUAAUCUAACAUUCACCGGGUUCGUCCCCUACGUAACAUACCUCAGCGCAUCCGACAUCUUCGGAUCCGACAUAGAUACAGUCGCAGACGAGACAUCAGCACAGCUGCCACUAUGGGCCGCGCAAACCGCCAACACCACGCACAGCGCAAUCUCCGCUGCCUCACUCGAACAGUUAUACAGAAUCCAGCACUCCCUAAUCUUCAACCAGGACGUCCCCCUCAUCGAGAUCCUAACAACCGGAAUAGGGAGCAAUGUCGGAAGCGCAUUCUUCAUCCUCCUCCCCUUCUCAAGGGGAAAUGUCCACAUUACAUCCUCCAACCCGCAUGUCUAUCCGUCUAUCAACCCCAAUUAUCUCAAUAUAACCUGGGACGCGGAGGUACAGGUACGGAGCGCCGAGAUCGUGCGUCGUUUCUGGGGUAUGGAGCCGGUGAGCUCGCUUGUGGGGGAACGAGUGCAGCCGAGUAUGCAAGAUGUACCUGCCAAUGCAACGGGUGCCGAGUGGGAGGGGUGGAUACGGGGUUCUUUCACACCAAAUCACCAUCUCGUCGGAACAGCGGCAAUGCUGCCUAAAGAACUCGGGGGCGUGGUCGAUAGGAAUCUGCUUGUGUAUGGGACCGAGAACGUCAGGGUUAUCGAUGCGUCUAUCCUGCCGGCGCAGAUUAGUGGGCAUUUGACGAGUAUUGUUUACGCCGUUGCGGAGAGGGCGGCGGAUAUUAUUAAGGCGGAGUAUGGGUUGUAG